GUUACUUUUUUGACCGCGUCGAUUUUGUUUUUUCGCGGCCUCGUAGCAGACGAGCCAGUCGGUUAUUACGAGCAUACGAGGACGCGGGUCGCGCUCGCUUGUCGUCUGCGUGUAAGUUCGUCGACGUCUGCAUUGUUGUGUGCGCGUCCUUUUGGAAUGGAGCGCUGAUGAAGUGGAGCCGGAAAAGGCAGGCGUCUCGCAGACGAUGACAGUGACUCGGCGACGCGCGCUUCUCCGUCUAGCAACCGUGGUGGUACCUCACCGGUGAUUGUACAGUCGACUCAUGUGGACGCUGCAUCUCUUUGAACCGCAUGCAUCGUCGAGAGGACAAACGCCCCAAAGUGAGGGUACCCAGCACAGAGCAGGUCCAUGCUAUCCCUCAGCCGUCCAGACUACGUAGCCCCACUGGCGCUAUGCAGCAAGGAGAGGUCAAGCGAACCUUCCCCACUCAGCCCAGAGAGUCCAACUCGUCCCUGCAGUGGAGCCCACCAUCCAAAGUCAUCCUCUGUAAUUGCUGAACCACGCCCUCCACCACUGGACGAGUCAGCCCCACGUCCUGCCUUUGGCCCAUACCGUGCCUCCCUGGACACUCGUGAAUGGCCCCACAUGAACGUGCCACCUCCUCGGGCACCUCCUAAGAUCUCUUCCGAAGCAGGAGCCACUGUAACCACCACGACUGAGUCUCCUCUCGUCUGGCUCAGUGACGUUUCCAGCGGACCACAAUCUGAUAUCCUUUCUCCUGCCGCGAGGCUCUACCGCCAGCAAGUCAUGGCAGCAUCAGUGAGUGAACCCAUGUUCCAGUAUCCACCCCCAAUGCCACCUCAUCACACCAUGUACCAAAGUGCAGCGAGAUUUGGUGGAGGGCAGCCCUUCAGCUUUCUACCCGUUGCGCAGUAUGGAACGGCAGGUUACGGUGCUUCGGCGAUACCGACACGUCGACCUCCCUACAUGGAUCUGUCCUUGUUGAGCCGGCCAAGCCCACAGGUUCCCUUUGUGUCAAUGCCUGUUCCGGUAUCUCCACCGUCCCCUGCUACGCCGAGUGGAAAGACUCAAAGGCACUCCUUUUCUUCUCUGCCCAAAUCACCUGAAACGCCGUCCACAAGUUUGAGAACACCAGAGCAUGGUCCACUGCCGCCGAGUCCAAAGGCUUCACCUCCAGUGAGAGAACAAAGGCGUCAUUCGGUGCAGUCUCCAAUUCCAUUUGCCAUCUAUGAGAAGGAGACAGAGGUGGAAUCUGUGAUUGCAAACAGGUCGCCUGGGCCAUACCGUAUGCCCUCUGGGAAAGAGGGAAGUCUCAAGCAUCGCAUUCUCCACCCACCACCGAGUAUCAACAUAACAGAGCCGCCACCAGCAGUUCUGGACAGUGCUCCCCUUUCAGCACCACCCAUUAGGACGUCACGGGAGGAUGCCAUGCCUUCACCAAAGUUUACGCGGGUUUUGGACCCUGUUAUGCCAAGACUUGCAGUGUCUGCAUCGCCAUCUAGCAGCAAGACAGAGAUUCCUAGUAGUCACACAGCAACACCAGCACUUCACUACCCGGCAUACUUUAUGAAGGGUUCUAUCAUUCAGCUGGGUAAUGGGCUUUUAAAAAAGGUGGAAGAUCUCAAUACUGAUGACUUCAUCAACAGCGCCAGUGUGAGUAGAGACCUGCGAAUUGACUCAAGUCGUGUUGUCCGAAUCGCAGACCUUCCUGGUUCAACCGAAGCUGGUGUGGUUGCUUUGCUCAGUUUCUCCGUAGGACAAAAUCAAGUCCAAGUCACUGUUGAAGCACCUACAGAGCACCCAUUCUUUGUCUUCAACCAGGGUUGGUCAUCAUGCUCUCCUGAACGUUCUUUGCAACGCUACAGGCUACGGUGUCACCAACUUGCUGUGGGUGAUGUGUGCAUCUCAUUAACACAUCGUAGUACAUUAAAGCCACAUGCAAGCCCAACACCGAAGCUACCAAUGGUGCAAGAGGGAUCAGUUAAGUUGGAAGCUCCUGUUGACGUGGUGGGUGAAACUUCAAGAUCAGUUGUGAUGUCUGCUGCCUCAUCGUUGGAGCUGAGAAGAGCUACAACAGCUGUUAAGGCAGAUCCUAUGAACCCCUUGAGCAUUGGUGAACAAGGAAAUAAACGUAAGCGGCGAUGGUCGGCUCCUGACCAAGUUGCCAGUGGGGAAAAUAUCCCGGUACCAGAGCGGACGGCUACAACGUGAUGAUCAUGUUCAUUUAGCCUGAGCUGAAGGAGAGGACAGAACAGCACUUUUUCUACUUUAACAGAUCUUCGUACCAGUGUGAUGGAACUUCUUUCGAAUGCAGUGAUGCUAAUGUUUUCAAGGACACAUGAACAGGGCAUAGUGUAGUAACUGAGAAAAAUCUCUGGGACCUGAAUUUGCAUGUAGUAGUGCAGACAUUGACAUUGGAUAGUGAAGACAAAUAACAUGUUUAGGUGCAUGGCACAGCCAAAAGCAUAUAGAGUAUACUGGUCUAUAAUCACUCUCUUCAUUAGACCUCUCAUUUGUGCAUUAUCCAUUUGUGGAGGUGGGCAGAGGUUUCCCUGUGCUAUAGUGUAUCAAGUGAAUUCUCUAAACUAAGGUAUUGGUGGAGAGUCACUUAACAUGUGUUACAGGACAUUUAGAAUGCAAUGUGCCAACCCGUGUGAAGAUCAGUGUUAACGCAACCCUCACAGCUCACUGAAUACAACCCCCCCCCCUUUUUUUUCUUCUCCCAUUCAAGAGUUCCUGCACUCUUUAAAGACCAGUGUUUGAACAACCUUUAUUCACUCCAUUUUAAUGGGACCAUGCUCCUAAAAGAACUAGUCUGUUGUGCUUCCAUGCAUCAAUGUCUCCAAUGUUACAUGCAUUCAAAAUUGUGAUGUCCCAGAACAUAGCAAGUCCAGCAGAAAGUGUGCCACAGCUGCACAUGCCCUGAGUGACCAAACUCUUGUUUUCAGUGGCAAGGACAGCAACAAUCUGUCUUUUAUAAUGACCAUGCUGGCCAUGGAAUGCUUGUUGCAAUCUCCAGUGAUAAUUGUUUCAUAAGUGUUUUCAAGUGACGUUUUCUGUAGCUGUUGUUUGUUGCUGAUGUUGUUUGCCCCGUCUUUCAAGCAUUUGUAGCUUGUGCUGUGUUUCAUGUCGAAGGUUCGGCAGAGACACAAAAAAGCAAAGUCCCCCCAUGGGAAAAUGUGCGCAUACAGCAGCAAAGGCCCAAUGCGACAGGUUUUGGUUGGUUUAGCUCUUCUUCCAGUUUUGUUUUGGGAUGCAGUCAUGAAAAGAGAAGUGUUUUAUUGGAACAGAGACGUAAAUGUAAUUGGAGCAACCCGUAACAAAUAUACACAUAAAAGCAAAGAUACUGUAUGCAGUAAUUAAACGACAGCACAGUGAUAUCUUUGGUUAUGUGCCGCAUUUGUGGCACACUUCCAAAGCUUUGCAUUACUACCUUAAGUUGCUUGUCAAUUCAAUUAUUUUAUGAUUCAUGUUCAAACAUCAACACUGCAGUAACUACGAAAGCCCUUUUUACAGCCAGUGUUUGUGAUGGACCUAGACGGCUUAGAUAAAGGAAGAACAGCUCAACAAAUCGUACCUGCUAUUUUGAUCUCCAAUUUAUAUCUGCCAUUGUAAUGCUCGAUGCCAAGAAGCUGAAGGUUGCGACUUCUGAAUCCUGUUCUGUUUAUCGGCACUUGGGCACCCUACACUGGGCCUCUGCUGGAACAUUGCGACAGUGACAUGUACAUACACACCAACCCCACGGGAAAACUUAAGUGGACGUUAUGUAUUUUUAUACAGAUGGUUAUGAAAAGUAGUUAGGCGGAGUUGUAUGCCACACUUGCUCAAAAGCAAUGUUGCCAUUCAAUCGUGGACUCAAAACAUGUGUCUCAGUGUGGUUUUUGUACACUUUUUUGACGUCACUUUGCUGAGCUGCUGUUAACCGUAAGAAAGUGCUUGAACGUAGUUCCAGUACAACACAAGUUAUGCAGUGAACAGGCAUACAGAUUUAUGCUCCAGGAAUGGUUUUGCUUCCCAGUUAUGCUCUUGUUUCUUAAAGUGUGCAAUAUUUUUGUGGCCUUGCACACAGAGUAUAGCUUUUGCUGUUAGAGGUCUCUCUCCAAAAGUGUAGACCUCCUUCUGGGAACAAUUCACAUGGUCCAUGUGGCUGGUAAGAGUUGUUGGUUCACGUUCCAGACCAAGGGUACAACAAUAGUAUUUGUUACUACUUAUGAUUGUGUAAACCUGGCAAGACCAGCCCAAUGGUGUUGGCAUGCAUGUUGAUGGAGCGUGUACAACACACUAACUAGCCACCGAAGCUCACAGUUCAAGAGAUUACGUCUGAUUUCUUCUGUGUCCUUACACUAGAAGAUAAUCCACUGAUGCCAAUGUCGUCAUGAGUAACACCAUGCAGAAAAGAACAGUACCCUCAAAAGCAUGUUCAGAUACCAUUGCUUGAAACAUGUUACUUCUCUAACCGUUUGUGGGCAUUAUCCAAGUGAGCAUUUCUGAGCAAAUUUCUUGUGUCUUGGCUUCUAGACAAAACAAAGUUUGUGAAGUGUUUGCACAACAUUUUUUAUCAAGAAUGUGCACAGUGUCGGGUCAAAAACCAGUCAUGACCAAGCUACUGCUCGAAUGAGCCACCAGUGUGGUUGUGUGUGUGUAGUUAUAAAAAUAUCACUCAAGUAAUGCUACUUUAAAAAAAUAUUUUUAUGAAAUCCUGUUUGAGCACACAUCAAAGUCUGUCAAUGAGAAAUUUACCAGCACUUGUUAGUUUUGUAAACUGGGGAAGUCUUGACCAGAUGUUAUGAAACUCUAUAGCUCCUUUGAUAAAUACUACUAGGCAUGAUAUGUAUGUAUACACCUAUACAGUUAAUGUUACCGUCAGUGUUACCAGCUUAUACUAGGCACCAAUUAAAAUCCAAUGUUGAA